GGGCGGUGCCAAGCAACAACCAGAAACUGUUGUCUAAUGUCCAACUACUUCAGCUGGAGAACCCUUUGCCUGGGCAACAUGUGCGUGCUCCGAAGUUACACAACUAUCCACAAGAUAUCCGCCUGAGCUGUGGGAAGUACCGGUGAAGGAGAGACAGCCUGUUUGAUUUCAGCGGAGAUCCUUAAACAGUCCUCAGACACCAUGGAGCCACUAAGUAAAGAUGUGAAGAAUAAUCCAUCUGCAAAAGCUAAUAUUUUAUCUCAGAUAUUCUUCUGGUGGCUCAAUCCCCUCUUUUCUAUUGGCUAUAAGCGGAGACUUGAAGAGGAUGACAUGUACAGUGUUCUCCCCGAGGACGGAUCUAACAGACUAGGAGAGGAACUGCAGAGUCAUUGGGAUCAUGAGGUGCGGAAGGCUGCCAAGGAGCUGAGGGAGCCCAAACUGUCCAAAGCCAUCAUCAAAUGCUACUGGAAGCCAUACGCAGUCCUGGGAAUAUUUACUGUCAUGGAGGAAGCUAUUAAGGUCAUCCAACCAGUGUUCCUGGGCAAACUCAUCCGGUACUUUGAGCAGGUGGAGCCCCAGGACACUGCAGCGCUGCACGAGGCGUAUGGGUACGCAGCAGGGCUCUCCUUAUGUACCUUCGGCCUCGCUGUCAUGCACCACCUCUACUUCUACCAUGUCCAGCGAGCAGGCAUGAAGAUUCGAGUGGCUAUGUGUCACAUUAUCUAUAAAAAGGCUCUUUGCCUCAGCAGUACUGCCAUGGGCCAGACCACCACAGGGCAGAUUGUCAACUUGCUUUCAAAUGAUGUCAACAAGUUUGAUGAGGUGACUAUUUUCCUCCAUUAUCUGUGGGUGGGGCCUCUUCAGGCUGCUGUGGUCACUGGACUGCUGUGGCAGGAGAUUGGGCCAUCAUGUCUUGCAGGAAUGGCAGUCCUUGUUUUCCUCAUGCCUUUACAGACUGUGUUUGGUCGUCUGUUUUCAUCUUUCAGGUAAAACAUUCUCUCUUUGACUCUUCCACUACACAAUACCCAUACUUACUCCUAGUGAUGUGUUUUUUUUGUUGAUAUAUUUCACUUGAGCAGUACUUUUUAGACAAGAAAUGUUUUGAUAAGAUGUAGGACUCAGUGUGAGCAUGCUGUGCUCUAUACUGUUGACAACUGCAUCUUAAAGGUUUCUAAGUUGUGCUGAACUACUGUAAACUAGUGUGAACAAAGUCUAAUCAUUGCCUGGACCUUGACAUUGUUUAAAAUAUCCGGGUCUCUUAUAUAUGCAUCAAAGCAAGCAUAAGAUAUUUCUAUUUAUGUAGAAUAUAGUGGAAAGUUAAGUGAAGAGGUUAGUAUCGAAAAAAGUUCCAUUACCGCUUAUACGUUGGAGGAAUACAAAUGUGCACUAUAUGCCAUUUUCAAUCAAUAAACCAAUAAACCAAAAACAUCUUUUCAUGCAGAAAUAAAAAAAUUCUGACAGUCCCAGCAAAACUGGCAAGAACAAGAGAAAAGUAUUGAUCCUAUAACCUAUUCUUUAAGGUAGCAGUAAGGAGUCAAAAUCUAGUGAUCUUCUACUGAAUAGUUAUGCAAUAACCUUCCAUACACCAACAACAGAACAGUUGGCACUGAUAAAAGGCUUGAUAGCAUGCUAACAUGUCUUUUUGAGGACUGGGCCGAAGUGGGACCACAAAACCGUAUCUGUCCUUCACAUGACCAUAUUCUAUGACAAUGAAUUUGAAGGUGAUUCCAGUACUAGUUGCUAACAAAAACAUGCUACAAAAAGUGGCAAAUUGUUGCAUUCUGUUUCUAUGAAUGGACUGCCAUAGUAUAAUUGAAUCCUUUUCAGGAAACCACAAAGAAUUCCAUGAAAUACAAGUCCUAUUCCAUUUAAAGAGCGAAGUGAUCUUCCCUUUAUAGCUAAAAUCAUUGAGAAAGUUGUUUUCAAUCAAACUCAGCAAUUUUUUUAACGUGGUCAUUUUGACAAAUUUCAUUCACCCUUUCGACCUCACAGUACAGAAACGGUUCUUAUUAAAGUGUUUAAUUGAAGUCAUAUGCAAAAGUUUGGGCACCCCUGAUAAUCUCCAUUACUUUCAUCUAUAAAUUGUUGGGCGUUUGGAUCAGGAACUUCUUUGUCAUAUAUAUAAUACUUCAUGGACACGGUGAUAUUUUAGCAGUGAAAUAAGGUUUAUUUGAUAAACAGAAAAUAUGCCAUAUGCAUCAUAAGAGAAUUAGACAGGUUCAUACAUUUGGGCACCCCAACAGAAAAAAAAUCACAUUAAUAUUUAGUAGAGCCUCCUUUUGAAAAAAUAACAGCCUCUAGACUCUUCCUAUAGCCUCUGAUGAGUGCCUGGUUUCUGGAUGAAGGUAUUUUGGACCAUUCUUCCUUACAAUACAUCUCCAGUUCAGUAAGGUUUGGUGGGUGCCUAGCGUGGACAGCCCACUUAGUCAUGCCAUAGAUUUUUUAAUUAUAUUCAAGUCUGGGGACUGGAAUGGCCAUUCCAGAACAUUGUAGUUGUUCCUCUGCAUAAAUGCCUUAGUGGAUUUGGAGCGAUGUUUCGGGUCGUUGCCCUGCUGGAACACCCAACUCCCCCGUAACUUCAGCUUUGUUACAGAUUCUUGAACAUUAUUGUCAAGAAUUUGCUGAUACUGAGUUGAAUCCAUGCGACCCUCAACUUUAACUAGAUUCCCAGUUCCUGCACUAGCCACACAGCCCCACAGCAUGAUGGACCCCCCACCAAAUUUGACUGUGGGCA